AUUCGGUCAGUCAUUCAUGUUGUCAUGGAUAAUCGAGUAAAAACUUUGUUUUUAUUUUUUAUCACCAUGAGUUCAGUGUGCUUUGUUUCAUUUACUUAACCGUAAAUAUAAGUAAAAUAUUGUUUUUCGAUUACACCUUUCGUUAUCUCGUUCACCUUAAUGUUUAAUCAAAUUUGCUGAAGUGGUGACGGUUUUGUUAAGUUCUACUUGUAAUUGUUAUGUUCAUUGAUUUUUGUACCUGUCAAAUAUCAGCUGAUUAGCGACAAAAUUAUAUUUUAAGACUUUAUGAUAUUAUCUUUGCACUUUGUCGUAUGCCAAAAGUUUGAUAUUAGUGUCAACUUCAAGUAAAUAUGUUUAAAAGUACCUCUAUUCCUCUAUUUUUUUUAAUUUUUCUGACCAAUCAAGUGAGCACACAGAAAACAAAUGUACUGAUAAAUUUGAAUAAAACCACAUCAUGGGGUGAUAAGGAUCUUUAUACCGGUUUUGUGAAUGUCACAGCUAAUUCAACCGCCCAAGUGGACCUAUUAAAUGUAUAUCCAAAUGUGUCCUUCAUAAUAUUCCAAGUACACAGUCACUCUUACAAUGUGACGCUAUAUAACAACACAUAUGUGAAAGGUUCAUAUGUAACGGGUACUAAUGUAGGCAUGUACAGCAGUGUGAAACCAAAGAUAGACACAUUUUUCAUAAUCAAUCCUAAUACCAUUGACAUAAAAGUGCUAGUUUCUAUCCAUGGAUAUACAACAGCAGAUCCAAUACCAGGUGACUGCAAUAUGGAGUUUAGUUUGCCGAUAUCACCAUUUCUGUUGUCUUCAUACAACAACGACACUAUAAUGGUUGAUGCGGCCGCUGCCAAAGAUCCCAUGGACAUAAAUUGCAAUAGCAUAGACAAGUCGUUUGUUAAUUUCUACAAAAUGUAUCUACCGGAGAGAGAUUUUGAUGCUGACACAUAUUACAUGGGCAUAAUUAAUAUGUUGACAUUCGAUAAAAUUCAAGAUAAUGGUGAAUAUAUCCCGUAUACGGGUCUACGUAUGCGUCGUAUGUUAAGCGCUUAUCCGGGAACUGGUGCUAUAUACGUGGCGGUCGCGUUCAGCUCGAAGAAUACGAGCGCGUAUUCUGUUUACGUGCCGACGUAUUCGUACGCUUGCGAUCCGUUCAUAGAAGGCGGUUGUGAGAUCAUGGACGACUUCUUUUCCCAAAUGUUAUGUGCAUCGCUGACGUUCGUUGGUCUUUUCGUGUGUUUUUUCGGACACAGGUUUUUUAAAACUGAAAUGUUUCUGGUCGGUUUCGUCACCGGAGUUGUUAUUACAUACAUUCUGAUAUCUUUAAUGGCUGAUUUGAAUAGGGCAGCACUUUUGGGCGCGUCAGUAUUAUCCGGGGUGUGUUUCGGCUCGAUCUGGUUGCUUUUCUGGUGGUUCUACGGCAUACCAAUAUUUGCCGUGUUUCUGUCAACAUUGAACGUAGGCUUCCUAUUCGCUGCUAUAAUAUAUCACGGCUUGCCAGGCGGUUUAACAGAAUUGGAAUUGGACUUGAACUUUUGGACACUUUUUAUUUUUAUAAUGCUACUGACAGCUCUGUUGUUGCUCUCGAUGACGUUUCUGUCUAACAUACUGUGUUGUGCGAUACUCGGCGCGUACGCGACUGUGUUCCCUAUGGACUACUACAUAGGGUCCAAUUUAAGGUUCAUUAUCAUCAACACCGUGAGACGCGCCAUUGUACCUCAUUUCAAUAUGGCUGUCCUUUCCCCGCCGUUCCAAUGGAAAGACGCCGUCAUCGCCGCACUCUGGAUAGGGCUCGCGUUGUCCGGUUUCCUGGUUCAACACUAUCAUAAUCGGGCCAGGCCUCCCUUCCCGCCGCCACCGCGGAGCGUGAGACCGGUCUACGAGCCUCGAAGACGUUACGGACAGAUAUCUGCGCCGAUGAUGCCGGUCUUCGCGGCGCCGUCGGAAAGGACGCCUCUGUUGGCCUAAAAAUUGUAACCCACUAACACGAUAACUUAAAAACUAGUAAAAAAAUGUAUGGGAAAAAUCUCCCAAAAAACAUCUGCUCCCAAAACAUCUAAAAAAAAAUUUACUUGCCAAUUGUUAACUUACUCAAGUACUUACCGAUCAUAUUAAGUCAUAAUCACAUAUCACGUUAGGAAUAAGUAAAAAAUAUAUAAAUAUUUAUAAAAAAUAUAUAAUCGCAAUUUGUAUGAAACGUGCUUCACGGUUAUCGUACCUCAUGUGAGACUUACCAAACGGACGCUUUGUAGUCAAAUAAUUUGCAACAAGACCUUAUAAGGUACUUUACAAUCGUCAAAUAAAAAUACAUUGCUUGCUAGUUUAGGGAUGUGAUUUAAAAUCUUAAGUCGUCAGCUCUCAGUGGUAACCGAGACGUUUAAGACUGCUUGAAUUGUGAUCCUUAGUUAUAUUCCUAUUAAUAAACAUUGUUAAACAUAAAA